AUUAUUACGAAAAUGUUUAGGUAUUCUUUGAACGGUUUCGCUCAUCAUGUUCAUCGAGGAGACUGGUUCGGUGGCAAGGUUGUAGGAUUAGUUGAAAUAGAAAUUGGUGAAAUGAGAGUAAAUUUCUAUUGCACUCAUCUUCACGCUGAAUACGAUAGAGAGCACGACUUAUAUCUUUCACAUCGAACCGCUCAAUCCUUCGAAUUAAGCCAAUUUAUUCGUCACACAUCCCAUGGAGCCGAUGUUGUUAUAGUAACAGGAGAUUUGAAUAUGGAACCGGAAGAUCUGGGGUUAAGGUUAAUUUUGUCCCAAGCGCGUCUUCUCGAUUCUUGGCGGCUUGCUCAUCCCGAGACUCCUCGUGACAACAUCUCUGCAAAUUCCAUCUCUUGUAAUCGAGGUGUGGAUCGCGGUGGUACAUGCGAUCGCCCUGACAACUGCUAUUCCACCAAAUAUUAUAGAGAAAAUGAUGAAAGCAAAAGGAUCGAUUAUAUAUUGUUCAAGAGUGGCCGAAUGUCAGUUUCUUUAGAGCUGUGCGAAAUCGCGAUGAAUAAGAUCCCAGAUGAGAACAUUAACUUUUCCGACCAUGUUGGACUACAAGCACAAUUUAGGGUAGAAAAUGAGCAUCGUCAGGUGAUUUUCAUAUCUUGCUUGUCUUUUCCCCCUACGCAUCCUUUUUGUGGAAACGAGCUCUAUUUCUAUCAAACAUGUGAAUGGGAGCCAAACCGGCCGCUGCUGAUCGAAGCGAUUGGCAUCGUGUCGGGCGGACAACGCAGAGCUCGUUCCGACCGAACGUGGUUCGUAUGUGGUGCGAUCGUGUUGUUCGUCAUUAUUGCUCUUUCACUACUAUUGGAUGAAGCUCUACCAUAUCUCACUAUUCUAUUUUCGGUGUUUAGGUAA